GAGGCAAGAUCAACCAUCAGCGAGACCUGGUCAACAGAUGUUUUGGCUUCGGAUUCUGAAUAUAAUGAUUCUGUUCAAGAGUCUUCUUCCCUGGGCUACCGUGGUUUUUCAUCGGAAGCAGGCAUUGCAGCUGGCGCGACCUACUCAUUGGCACCAAAUCAUAGUCGCCAUAGGCCUACAACCUUCCAUCAACGAGAGUCACGCCGACAUCAGCGUCAGCCUCUAUUCACAAACGAAUCCGGUAAUCGCUCCACUGGCGGCAGUGAUAGACUAAAGGCAGAUAAAAAUGUCGAUGGGGAAGACAACGUGGAUGCCUCCGGUGAAAGUCACCAUGUCUGUCCGAGAGAUGCUAACCAACUUCCCAAUUGUUAUGCACCAUCGGAUCAGCAUGUCCGGCGACGUUAUUAUCAAACUUACCUUCGACAUCGAGAUACUCCCUCAGCUCCUUCAUAUCAUCAGCAUAGACACCGUUAUUUUCAUGAGCAACAGCAAUCACAGCAGGAUGCUAAUGACAAGACUAAACGUGUGGAUAAUCGGUUAGAUUCUGUGGCUUCACAUGUACAAAUCCAAUCUGUUUCAUUGAAGGAGUCCUCAUAUCGGUUUCUGGCCACCGCCUCGGACUCGUAUGCUGGUGCUGCAGCUGUUGCUUCUUUGAAAGCUGCCGAACUUGGGAUUUUAGAUAAAAGUAUUAGACAGCCUCAAGAACUAGCCGAUUCUAGCGCCAAAGAAACAAAUUCUUCACUUUCGUCUCUAUCGGUCCUUCCUCAAGUAUGCUAA